UUAAAGCCCGCCAUGUUAUGUUGAUGAAUCACGUGACUAUAGAGCAGUGAGGUGAAUGUGCCGGGUUAAAUUUUCAACUAUACUUUCAACAUUUAGUUAAUAUUUACUUCAUAAGCACAGAAGGUGCAAUAAAAUGGAUACUCGGAAGUUGACAGAUGUAUUGCGAGCCACAAUUGAUCCGACCCAACGACAGCAAGCGGAAGAACAACUAAGUCAGAUUCACAAAAUUAUUGGUUUUGCACCUUCCCUCUUGCAAGUUGUAAUGCUGUCUGAUGUUGACAUGCCUGUGAGGCAAGCUGGUGUAAUCUACCUGAAGAAUCUAGUAUCACAGCACUGGGCAGACCGAGAGGUGGAACCUGGCCAGCCCUUACCAUUUAGUAUCCAUGAACAAGACCGAGCGAUGAUCCGUGAUGCCAUAGUAGAUGCUGUUGUACAUGCACCAGAUCUUAUCAGAGUUCAGCUUGCUGUAUGCGUGAGCAAUAUAGUGAAACAUGACUUUCCUGGACGCUGGACACAAAUUGUGGACAAAAUCAGUAUUUAUUUGCAAAAUCCAGAUGCACCUGGUUGGACAGGGGCACUCAUGUGCUUGUAUCAACUUGUGAAGAAUUUUGAGUACAAGAAGCCAGAGGAACGUGGCCCACUGAAUGAGGCAAUGAAUCUUCUUUUUCCGAUGAUGUAUCAGCUGUGUGUUCGCCUACUUCCAGAUCAGUCAGAGCAAUCAGUUCUUCUCCAGAAACAAAUACUCAAAAUAUAUUUUGCAUUGACACAAUACUCACUUCCCUUGGACUUGAUCUCUCGUGAGGUGUUCUCUCAGUGGAUGGAAAUUGUGCGUGCUGUAGCAGACAGGCCAGUUCCAGAGCAAACCAAUGCAGUAGAUGAAGAAGACAGAGUAGAUCUGCCUUGGUGGAAAUGCAAGAAAUGGGCUCUUCAUAUCCUCCAUAGAAUGUUUGAAAGGUAUGGAAGCCCAGGAAAUGUAACCAAAGAAUAUAAAGAAUUUGCAGAAUGGUACCUGAAGACAUUUUCUGCAGGAAUUUUAGAAGUUUUGCUCAAAAUAUUGGAUCAGUACAGAAGAAAAAUAUAUGUCUCACCACGAGUCAUUCAACAGACAGUUAAUUACAUAAAUCAGGGAGUUAGCCAUGCUUUCUCUUGGAAGUUCCUGAAGCCACACAUGUUUGCUAUUGUACAAGAUGUACUGUUCCCAAUUUUGUCAUACUCGCAAGCUGAUGAAGAACUCUGGAACACUGACCCUUAUGAAUACAUACGAGUCAAGUUUGACAUAUUUGAAGACUUUGUAUCACCUGUAACAGCAGCACAGACAUUACUCCAUUCUUCUUGUAAGAAGAGGAAAGAUAUGUUGCAGAAAACGAUGCAUUUCAUAAUGCAGGUUUUAACAUCACCAAAUGCAGAUCCUAGGCAAAAAGAUGGUGCUUUACAUAUGGUUGGCACAUUAGCAGACGUUUUGUUGAAGACAAAAGUAUAUAAAGAACAGAUGGAUGACAUGCUGUGUCAGUAUGUUUUCCCUGAAUUUACCAGUCCACGAGGUCACAUGAGAGCUAGAGCUUGUUGGGUUCUGCAUUACUUCAGUGAAAUAAAAUUCAAGGAGGAAGCGGUUCUUGCGGAAGCUGUCAGACUGACUACAAAUGCUCUGCUGACAGACCAGGAUUUGCCUGUUAAGGUGGAAGCUGCCAUUGCUCUACAGAUGCUGCUCAAUGCACAAGAAAAAGCACAGAAAUAUGUGGAACCACAGAUAAGACAAAUUACUCUUGAACUGCUGACAAUAAUUCGUGAAACAGAGAAUGAUGAUCUGACAAGUGUAAUGCAGAAGAUUGUAUGCACUUACACAGAGCAGCUAAUGCCUAUUGCAGUAGAGAUGUGCCAACAUCUGGCAGCAACAUUUAGCCAAGUCUUGGAGACUGAUGAAGGUUCAGAUGAGAAGGCUAUUACUGCAAUGGGCUUACUGAAUACCAUUGAAACAUUGCUGACUGUGAUGGAGGACCAGCCAGAGAUCAUGGCACAGCUACAGCCCACAGUACUGCAGGUGGUGGGACAUAUCUUCUCUCAGAGUGUUAUGGAAUUUUAUGAAGAGGCCCUGUCCCUUGUCUAUGAUCUCACAAGUAAAAAUAUUUCACCUGAUAUGUGGAAAGUCUUGGAGCUCAUGUAUCAGGUGUUUCAGAAGGAUGGUUUCGAUUACUUUACUGAUAUGAUGCCUGCACUUCACAACUAUGUAACAGUGGACACACCAGUUUUCUUGUUGUAUGAGAACUAUGUAUUGGCUAUGUUCAACAUGUGCAAAGCUGUUCUGACAGGAGAUGCAGGAGAGGACCCAGAGUGUCACGCAGCCAAGUUGCUAGAAGUUAUCAUCUUGCAGUGUAAGGGGCGUAUUGAUCAGUGCAUACCAUCUUUCGUUGAGCUUGUUCUGCAGAGAUUGACACGUGAAGUAAAAACGUCUGAAUUGCGUACCAUGUGCCUCCAAGUCGUUAUAGCAGCAUUGUAUUAUAAUCCUCAGCUGCUCUUUGGAACACUGGAGAAAUUACAGUUGGCUGUCUCUCCCACAGAGUCCAUAACAUCACAUUUUAUUAAGCAGUGGAUUCAUGACACAGAUUGCUUCCUUGGCCUCCAUGACAGAAAGCUCUGUGUGCUUGGUCUGUGUACACUUGUGAACUCUGUUGUUCGCCCCGUUGCAGUGAAUGAGUGUGCUGCACAGAUCAUACCAUCACUCAUCCUCCUGUUUGAUGGUCUGAAGAGAGCAUAUAUAGCCAAGGCUCAAGAAGGGGAGGAAGAGGAAGAGGAAGAGGAUGAAUCUGACAUUGAUCAAGAAGUUCUAGCAAGUGAUGAAGAUGAGAUAGAUGAGACAAAUCAGGAAUAUCUAGAAAAAUUACAGAGAAAUAAAACAAAAGGCAGUGCUGGUAGUCCAUUUAAUGUUACAUCCUAUAUUCAGGAUGAAGAUACAGAUGAUGAUAGUGAUGAUGACUAUGAAGCAAAUGAGGAGACUGCUUUGGAAAGCUAUACAACUCCAUUAGAUGAAGAAAACUGUAAUGUUGAUGAGUAUGUUGUAUUCAAAGAAGUUUUGCAAAACAUUCAAGCUAAUGAUCCUACAUGGUAUCAGGUUUUGACAGCCAACUUGACAACUGAACAACAGAAAGCUCUGCAGGAAGUAAUGGUGCUUGCAGAUCAAAGGAAGGCAGCCGCUGAAAGUAAAAGGAUAGAACAAAGUGGAGGUUAUGUUUUCAACCAACAGACAGUGCCUACUUCUUUUAAUUUUGGUGGCACUCCAUUGGGACGAUAGAGUGUCUUCUAAUUGAUAGUGACAAUUAAUAGAUGUUGGACAUCUGUGAGAAACAUUUCACACCUUUUUUACUGUCGUGUAAGAGGGAGAAGUCAGCCACAGUAGCAUGUUCUUGUUACAUGUGCGUAGCUCCUGCUGAAAUCUGUGUGUACUGAACAGACUGUAAUUAAAUUAAAUGUAAAAAUACAUUCACAUUGUGCAAAACUGACUACAUGAAAAGAAUACAUUCUUAUUACUCCUGAAGUGCAGACGGUAUAAUAUAAGUGACGAAUAAGUGAGGUUUAAUUUCUGACUUAUGAAUGAGAAUAGUGAAAUGCAUUUCAGAAGACUGUAUAAUAUUGAAUAUAAUAAGACAACUAAAAUAUUCCUGUACUAAUGAAUGGUUACACAUGGAGUUUAAAUGGCUUUGUAUGAUUUGCUUCUCUCUCUCAGACUGAGUGUAACAAAAUUGAGAACAUUGGUCUCCACAAUUAGUAAUUUUAAUACUCAAUGCCACCCAGCAUGUCAUUUUUGCCAGUGAUUUCCCACAUACAUCAAUUAACGUAAUUUGUAAAUGAAUUAUAUAUUAUUAACUUACAAUUCCUGUAUCUAAAUUUCUGUUGUUAUUUAUUUAGUCAUAUUUAUUGUGGAACUAAGCCUGAGCCAGUAAUACACAGGCUAAAAGAAUGUGUUGGGGUUCCUGUGUUUUCAAGUGAUUCAUAAGUAGUUUUAGUCUGUGACAGAGGAAUAAAGGCUUGAGGUUCUUUCCACCACUACCAGAGCCCAAUAUGAUGUAAGUGUACAAACAUGGUGUGCUUCAGGUACUCAUUGUGAUUGUAACAUGACAAACAGAUAUUGAAGGCCUGUUUUAGACCUGAAGGUAUGUGCCUUGGAUGAAACACUAGUGGAUAAAACUAGAAUUGUGGACCUUAAGCUGAAAUACAGUUUCAGAGCGAAAUUGUAGGUCGGAAAGCAGGAGUACUUGUAAGCACACCACCAGGAAUAAUACAUCUGUAGGUAUGGAGUUUAUUCCUGGUAUAAUCAAACAUAGGAUUAUUUAUUUAAUAAGACAAAAUAUGUAUGGUAAAUUACAGGUGUAUGGUGCUUCAAAAUUUAGUUCUGUAAGAUUUUUUAACCCAUGCUUAAACCAGCUUAACUCUCAAGAUCUCUCCCCUUUUUACACAUCAGUUGCUGACCAGUGCAGCUGUUGUAUUGAAGGCAUUUUGAGAAUUAUUAUAUUGGCACUUCUAUGGUUAAUUUAUGAUAUUCACUAUAGGUCUUAAUACGAGUAUUAUUAAUUCAGAAUGAAAAAUAUGCCUCAUGAAGUGGUGUGAUUAUUAUGCUUAAAAGUCUAUUUUUCAGUACUGUGUAAAUUAACUAUUAGCAAUCUUGGCUUUGUGUACUAUUUAAAUGCCAAACACUGAACAUAUACAUCCUUUAUUAUAGUCAUAAGUUCUUGACACUCAAAUGAUUGUUAAAAAACAUUGUAAAUGUCAGGAUUCUGGCAAGGAUAUCAUGGAACUGGACCGAGAUUUUAAAUAUAUGAACAUAAAUAAACAGAAAGCAAAACUA